ACCUCAGUCCGACUGCGACUCCAGUCCCGACCGGCAGCAGCAGCCAGCAGUGCGUCAAAUCCUGUGUGUCGUCCUCGCGCUCCUAUUAUUAUUUGUGUGUCGUGUCGUGUCUGAUAUUAUAUUUUCCCUUUCGGUUGGGAAAUACGAAAGAUAAAACUUGUGUGUUUCCGCGUCUCUCUCUCUCGUAGCGCAGCAGCGCACAGCUGUCGCCCGCUAUUUUCCAUUUUGGUGUUGUCCAGAACUGCUGCGCUGGGUUGUAGCAUCUCCACCGACUUUCACGUCUGCCUGAGUGCCAGCCAGAGUGUGUCGAACAGGCCCCGUGUGACUCUCUUCUCUUCUCUUCUCUGCUGCCUGUUUGUUUGCCAAUAGGACGACGAAACAAGAAAGGCCAAAAGAUAAAAAGGAUUUUUUGUUUCACCGGGCUGUUUGAUUUUUGUUUUAAAUUUCAAAUCUGGCGCUCUUUUGGGAUUUGCCUUUUCAAUCUAUAAGGCUCUCAUCAUCGCGAGAGAGAACUCGAAAGGGUUCAAGUAGAUAGUUUUGCCUUCAUCAGAAGGAAUCUCGACAUUCCAAAAGGAAUUUUUUCCGGGUUUUUCUUUUUGUAUGUGGACGCUCCCUGGUGGCAGUUGUGGCACCCUGUGGCUUUUUGGACCCAAGCGGAUCGUGACAUCUUACACAACUCUCCAUCCUCGUUCCUUCGGUCUCUCCCGCGCUAGCAGUUGCGCCGAUCCCCCGACCCUCGUUGAGUGGCCCCUUUUUCCCUUUUUAUAUGUUCGAAAUGUUUUCUUCUUUCAUCUCGUAGAGGGAAUUCUUCUUAACGUUGACACGGCUGAGGUUAGGUCGACGAGUUUGCCAGCAGACGAAGGGGGGAGAAAAAAAAAGACAGUUAUACAUAUUACAUCAUCAAUCGUCCAAUUUUCGUCUGCUGCUCUUGACCGAACGCAAUAUUAACUAGAACGACCUUCCCCAAGCAAAAAUUCCCACCAAAAAAAAACAGAAAUCGAUUGGAAACGAAAAAUAAGUUUUUUAACAUUUUCUUUUUCCUCCUCUAUCCUAUACACGGGGUAGAACAUAAUUCUGGGCGGAUCAUUUGAGGUCGUCUAUAUUUUAACGAGUCGGCAGGCAUUUCACCGCCCGACGACGUCGACUCUCUGCUCUGCUCUCUCCUCACUCGACUCGACGAGCGACGAUCGAUCAAUCUGGAAAGCUCCAACAUCCAAAACCCAAGUUGGCGUGUUUCUUUCUCUCCCUUCUCUCUCGGCGUGUUGUUUUUUUUUUUGCUUUCGUGAGAGCGUGCGAGAUAUAUAACAGACAGCAGCAGCAGCACACGUGAGCGCUAGCUAUAUUAUAUGAAAAGAGCACCACACCAGCGCCAAAAGCCCAAAAGGUAAACUCGGCUGUGUGUAUCAUAACGACUUGCACUGUCUACCAGAUAUAAUAACCUAACAAGAAAGAGAGAGAGAGAGAAUCAAAAGUAAAAGAAAAGUCGUCGAAACACAGCAACUGGAAACUUUAUUCAUCGCUAUAGAUGAACAUCUUUGAUCUAGAUCGCACACAAAAGCCAAGUUUUCAAGGGAACCGCCACAGAGUUUUCAGUUUAUUCGGCCCCCCUCACCCAGCAAUCUCUCACGCACCAAAAAAUAAUCUAACAACUGCAGCAGAUAUAUUAUACACACACGCAUAACAAAUGGAUAUGACUAAAUACUCCCUCAGCCUAUUAUUACUCUGACAAAGAGAGAAGAAGAGGCUUCUUUUGUCUCGCGUAUAAUAGACGGAAAGUGAUUGGAUGUUAUAACAAUCGACAAAAGGAGAGGCUAGCUAGCUAGUGUCUAUAGAGAGAAAGGAUGACAGCGGCAGCUUUCUCCACCCAAAGGCUAAUAGGCCUAAGACUGCUGGCCGGCCGAGCCCCUGCCACUUAUUGGCCGUCGCUGGUUUUACCGCUGCUGGCCGUUUUGGUCCUGCUGCUGUGCUGGAAGCCGGCCGGCGCCAGUGAGUUCCCCGAGCGGGAAUGCUGCGAUGACUUGAUCUUACUGCCGCCGGCCGUCGAUGCCGGACCCGACAUCCGGAAGACUGUGCCAUUGGGCGGUAAUGGCGGCGUCGGCGGGACGACGUCGUCCUCAUUCUCGACGGAAGUGCCGCCACACUCGUCGUCCGAGCAUCCGGACACGAGCAACUUCCUCUACCCGGAAUUCAUCCCCGAAUUGAGCCUGGACUUGGGAUACCCUCUGCCGCCUCCUCCGCUCCACCCCCAUCAUCAGCAUCCGCAUCCAGGAGCCCCGGAUGGAAGCAAUUACGUGCCGACGACGACCGGGACAGGUUUACAUCAAGGCCAACCAGCCAGCGCCAUACUCAACUGUCUACUAGCCCAUCAACUAUGCGCCGAGGACCCGUCGUGCAAGUCCAUCGAAACGGUGAUUCAGCACAUAUGCGGCCCGGAAACAGUGGCGUGCUCGACGACGACGGUGACUAAAUGUCAGGCCGGACUCAGGACCCUGCAAGCCUUUCCGGUCUUCCAUCCGACCUGCCUCUGCCGAGAGCCGUCCGUCGACCCGGAUUGCAACGCUUUUCGCGACUCCCUCUUCGACCACCCGUGCAUGGUGGCCACCCAGAAAGAGCGGGACCUGUACCCGAUCCACGCCCUGCCGACGUGCACUCACGCUCUCGACGUCUGCCAAAAGGAUCUGUCGUGCACGAGACUCUACAACGACUUCCGCGAGCACUGCAAACUGCGCUCGGGCGUCUGCCGCGAUAAGGAAACGUGUUACAAUGCUUGGCGGGGAUUGCGGAUGACUCCGCUGUUCGGCUGCUUCUGUCCAGGAAACGACCAGAAGAAAUGCGAGCGCAUCUACUCGUUUAUUUACAACAAUACGUGCGUCGGUUACCCAACCCCAAGUGGGCAUGUUAUUCGUAAUAGAUCCGAGUCGUCGGUCACGGCGACUCCUUUGAGCGACUCGACGACGACGUCGAGGGUCUAUGCUAGUCGUCGUAUGCGUCGAUAUCUUGUUAGAUAUCUGCCCCAUCACUUGACCCCGCCACCCGCCAUCACCACCACCACCACCCACCUCCAUAACCAAUCCGCCCCGCAAUCUUCUUCUUCUUCUCCUUCGUCAACUUCUUCCGUUGAUGACGAAGAUGAUAACGAGCUAGCACUUGAUACUACUACCAGCACUACUAACAGCCUCAUCACUACUACUGAUCCGCCCUCACUCCUCCCGACCUCGACCGAUGUAAUUAGCACGAGCACUCCCCCCAUCACUACCACCACGCACGAGCACCACCUUGUCGGCACUACUUCUACCACCACCAGCACCACCGUAACUCCAGUACCUACCGCUCAUCAUCUUCUUCUGCGUGAAACGACAUCAUCGCUUGAUCGUGCCGACGACGUUGCAGCCAGCUGGCACGACUCGCUGAAUCGCCAGAGGGAGACGGACGGCAGGCAGAUCGAGAGCCGGCUGAUGGACAGUGUCCACCAUCACCACCAUCACGGGACGGCGGCCGAGGCCGGCUCCAUUGACGUCGCCCGAUUCAGCCAUUUUCUGCAGAGCGCUUUGACCAGGACCAGGAUCGGCUACCACUCGUCGUCGUCGUCCGUGUCGUCGAUCCACGCCGCUUCGGCCGCCGCCGCCGCUUCCGGAUCGGUUGCGGCCGGAGCCAUCGGCAACGGCUCCGCCUCUUAUUACAGCACCUCGUCGUCCUCCUCUUUCAACACCUCGGUCACGUCAUCCAACCACACUGGCGGGGAUGAAGUAAUGGACGGAGGUGCCGGCCGAGUGGUGUCCAUCUAUCAGAGCACGUGCCACCGAGCGCUGACUCACUGCCAAUCGGACCUCCAGUGCCGCAAGCACUUGGAUCCGUUCCUGCGCUACUGCAAUGGCGGCGGAGGCGUCAGCGGGAUGGCCGGCGGGGCCGACACCUGCCACCGUGACCUCUGCAUGCAGGCCCUCCAAGGAUUCUACAAGGACGCGCCCCUCCAGUGGAGUCUAGAAGUGGCAUUCUGCGUUUGCAAGAAAAGCCAAAGCAGAAACGACGAGUGUCUAGUAGCGCAGGAGAGGCUCCAUCCAGAUUGCGCUAGACGGCCGGAACGCUACCACUUGCCACCGCCGCCGCUACCACCAGCGUCGUCCGGCGGAGGUGGCGGAGCGACGGCCAUGGGCGGCAGUAUGGCGUCAUCGUCUCCGGCACUUGGGACUAACGAAGCCAGUCCACCUCAUCACACGCCAGCCUGUCACCACUUGGCCGAGGAAUGCAAAGCCCAUCCGGAUUGCAAGCCGCGAUUGGAAUUUUACGUUCAAGCGUGCGCUGUCGACAUCGUGACGAAAGGCUGCGCCGGUCCGCCGUCCAUCUGUCGGCGAGCGGUUCUCGACAUCCUGGGAACGGAUUUGCGAACGACGUGCACCUGCCGGACGGCCCAGCAUUUGGGCGACAUGGCCGCCAUGUACGACUGCACCGAAUGGCAGCGACUCCUCUGGCUCAAUCCCUGCGUCGUGGAAGCGCAGAGAGACUUUCAUAAAAUCCAGGGCAACCUGAAAGUGGUCACCGUCCCGACGCCGACGCUGGCGCCCAGCACUGCUGGAGUCGACGGGAGCAGCGCCACCGUCAGAGGGAGGCAGACGUCGAGCGUCGAGGACGAUCCGUUGCAUCACCUUUUCACGAUCGUUCCCAGGCGGACGCUGAGGCCUCAGGAAACGCAGCAGAGCCCCGGCGAAGGCGGCGGCCAACGAUUUCCAAUGACGUCGUCGACAGAUGUGACCAGCGGCAGCAGCAGCACCGUCACUUGGACCACAUUGACAGGGACCCGGUUCAGCACGGGCAGCAGCACAGCCUCCGGCGGACCCACCACAACCGAGAUGAUUACCCGGCCCACCAUUCCAGCUAAAUAUUGCACGCUGGAACGGUCCAAUGAGCGCGUCGUUCACUUCCCGGAAGGCACCAUCAAACGAUUGUACGACGACGACGACCCGGACUGCUCGGAAUUGUGCCGCUGCGGAGCCGGCCAAGUGGUGACCUGUUCCAUCUCCGACUGCGCCGAUCGGAUCCCCUGCCAGACGUCGUCGGCCGUUUACGCUCACGCCGCCACGGCUUUCCAAGCCUACCGGGGCGAAUGCCUCUGCUUCUCCGGAACAUUAGUCUGCGCCAGACCCGAUCCAGGUCAAUAUUCUUUGCCGCUGGGCGUUUUUCUCUUCGUCGGCUACUCGCGGGCCGACGAAAAGGCCAUCUACCAGUUCACGCAUACCAACGUGUCAAGGUCUUUGGUCACCGGACUCGACCGACUCAUGUACAUUUCACUGCCCGAAAUGGCGGAGAACGAAUGCCGGAUGUCCAUACACGACGACAAACUGGAAGAGAAUCUCAUCUUCCAGAUCCGAUUGUCCAGUCUCGAUGAGCAGAGAGUCAACAAUUCCGUCACGCUCGAGAUGCUCACUCACGAAAAGAGCCAGUGUUUACCGGUGGCCAAUCGACUGCGCCACAUGAUCAGCAAGAGAUUGCCGGACAUAAGGGAAGAUGAAGCCUUGUCCAUCAUCAAAGUGGCAGACACGGCGACGGUUCUGCCAGAGCCCCGGCGAUCAGCAUCUGCCAAUCGCCACCAAAUGUGCUGGACGAUCCUAGCGGCCGUCUGGUCGUCGUCCUUAAUCUUGACUAACCGAUUUUACAGUUAGAAGAAUGAAUAUGACUAUGACUAACAAAAACCAAAACAAAUGAAGAGAGAUGGAUUAUUUUGCUAAUUCAUUCGAUUGAAUUUUUCGACGUGUUUUUUUUCUAUACAAACAAGCAAGAAAACCCAAAUUGAUAAUUAUAAUUCAUUUUGAUAAUAUAUAUUUUCAUCUCUAAUAAAUCUGCACUGACGGACCUCUCCCAGCAAUAGACACCAAUUUGUGUGAGCGUGUGUGUGUGUGUGUGAACAGAUGUAUAUUUAAAUUCCCUCCGCCCAAUGACGUUUGAGUUCGCACUGCACAAAACCAAAAAAAAAAAAAAAAUAACAAAAGCCGAAAAAUC